AUGGAUUUGGACUAUGCAUUGAGAGAGGAUCGCCCUCCAGACCUUACUAGUGCCAGCACUACUGAGCAAAGAGCUGCUAUGGAAAAAUGGGAGCGAUCCAAUCACAUGAGCCUAAUGAUAAUGAAACACUCAAUUCUAGAAGCUAUAAAGGGUGCAAUACCUGAGGAAACCCGAGCCAAGACAUUCUUGGACCAGAUAGCAAACCAAUUUGUUGCAAAUGAAAAGGUUGAGACAAACACUAUUCUUAGUAAGCUUGUCUCCAUGAGAUACAAAGGGAAAGAGAAUAUAAGGGAGUACAUAAUGGAAAUGUCCAAUCUUGUGACUAAAAUCAAGGCACUAAAGUUAGAGUUGUCACAAGACAUACUCAUGCACUUGGUCUUGAUCUCUCUGCCUACACAAUUUAGUCCAUUCAAGAUUAGUUACAACACACAAAAGAAAAAAUGGACUCUGAAUGAGCUUAUUGCUCAGUGUGUACAAGAGGAGGAGAGAUUGAAACAAGAGAAGAUAGAAAGUGCUCACUUGGCUUCCACAUCUUAG